AUGAAUUUCUUAGUUUUAGUAAAAUUUUCACAAAGAAAUGUUACAGCUGCUAAUCAUGUGCUAAUUACUAAAACUGGAACAGGUGGUAAAGAUCGCCCAUCACCUCCUCAGAAUGUUCACGCUGAAGAUAUUGAUGGGGAAUCAUUAACACUUUGCUGGUUAGCUCCUAAAGACAAUGGAGGCUCUGAAAUUACUAAUUAUGUAAUUGAAAAGAGAGAAGCAGGAUCAAUAAAUUGGGCCCGCAUCAGCAGUUUCAUAUCUGGCACUGCUUAUCGCAUUCGCAAUCUUGUUAUCAAUCAUAGGUAUGAUUUUAGAGUUAUGGCUGAAAAUCAAUAUGGAACCAGUGAUCCAGGAAUUACCUCUGAACCAGUAACAGCUAAACUACCAUUUGGUAAAUAUUAAACCUAAUUUUAUUUU